ACAGCCUUCCAGGUUGGUAAGGUGGGGCAACACUUCUAGGCGAGUGUCGAGGGGUUCAGGACUCGAAGUGUCACCAUCACCACCAGUGCACCACCAUCGACUGCGACUGCGACUGGCUCCCCCACCACUACCAUCAUCAUCAUAACCAGCCUGCGGAGAAUCCAUCGUAUUCUGCACCUUGACAUCGUACCUUCUCCAGCUAUCACAACAGCUAUCACAGCCUCCUCACCUCAACAACUACCACCUCACAUCAUCAAUUCGUAAAUCACUCACUCACCAUCCACCUACUCUCAUCCACCUCUUGCUCUCAGCCUCCACCGCUCGGAUAUCCCGUAGCUAACAUCGCCCAUUCCGAACCACACAGUUCCACGACUUGCCUACCUGCACACCUCCACCCCGCCACCGCCGCUGCCAUCUAGCAUAUCCGACAUUCCUUUCUUAAACCUUUUCGCUAAAUCACUCUCCAUCUGAGCAUCCUCGGCUCGCCCCCACCCUCGCAGCACCCGUGAUCCUGGCAUGACUCGACCCUGCAAAGCACCACAGCUUCGCAGCACGAGGCAUGAGGCAUGAGGCAUGAGGUCACUCAUUCUUGGUCCCUUUGAGCCAGCCUUACAUGCGUGACCCAAUAUCCACCGCAGCGACGUGGCCCAUCUCGCCUCCCAGAUAUCCACACUGUCAUGGGUGAUAGUUUGGAUGUGAGGCUGCUCAAGCGGUCACUGGGUGCAACUGCCAGAAAUCGAUCUAUCAAGACAUUAUACGGCCAUAAAACCUGGGCUGAGGAUUUGGACAUCGUCAAUGAACUAGGCGGUCACACCGGCUGUGUCAAUGCCUUGAGCUGGUCCGCUACCGGUAACCUCCUCGCUUCUGGCUCCGAUGACAGAUACCUCAACAUCUGGGAUUACAACCCCUCGGCAAUCGCUUCCCCUUUCUCUCUUAACACCAGCGUCAGUACCGGUCAUCAUGCAAAUAUCUUCUCCGUCAAGUUUAUGCCCCACUCCAACGAUCGUACCGUCGUCACUUGCGCUGGAGACUCUGAAGUCCGUGUUUUUGAUCUCGAAUAUGCUCCCUCAGCCGCCACUCAGGCGACCUCCUUUGACAACCACGCCUCAAGCACCAGGAGCCGCAAGUUCAGCAACUUCUUCCCGAACACGAGGUGGCUGAAUGAAUCCAACACCAACGCUCGCGUCUACAAAAGUCACGCAGAUCGUGCCAAACGCAUCGUCACCGAGUCUAGUCCCCACCUCUUUUUGACCUGUUCCGAGGAUGGCGAGGUUCGUCAGUGGGACUUACGACAGCCCUCUUCUGCAUAUCCUCCUCCCCGUCACUCGCGAGCCUAUAGGCGCUAUUACGGAAAUGCAGAUCCUGCAGCCGGUGAACCACCACCGCCACUGGUGUCGUACAAAAAAUAUGGCCUCGAUUUGAACACCAUCUCAUGCGCCGCCAGCCAGCCACAAUACAUUGCUUUGGGUGGCGCUCAUCUCCACUGCUUCCUCCACGACAGAAGAAUGCUCGGUCGAGAUCUGGACGAAGAACAAGGCCAGUCUCACGCCCGAAAACCUGUGGUCGGCACCUAUGAGGAUGAAGCAAUGGCCCAGGCCACGAGGUGCGUCAGAAGGUUUGCACCCAACAACAGGUGGCGGAUGAAGCCUCACGACCACGGUCACAUUACUGCUUGCAAGAUCAGUGAUGCAAAUCCCAAUGACCUGGUGGUGUCCUGGUCCAGUGACUACAUCUACAGCUUUGACAUUGUCAAGUCUCCAGACGCCCGAAACGCAGAAGCCGAGGCAAACGAGCGGUUUUUAACUGGCCGCUCCCGCAAUCAUUCGGAUAGGAAGAGGAAACGAGCAAAGGCCACCGCCUCCUCGAGCAGCCUGGGUGACGUCGCUAACCCCAGUAGGCGCCUGCGUCGAGUCUCUGAUACAAGGCAAGCCGAUGAACAAAACGCUCUUUUGGCCAGCUUUGACAAUGGAGAUUCGGAGCUGUUCCGCCUCGACUCGGACGAACCUACCCCUGCCGGCCCUCGCCACCAACCCCAACAUGUGGUCCUCACUCCAGCCGAGAUAUCCAGUCAAGCGUUAGCAAGAUCCCUCACUCGACUACGACAGACAUUGUUUGAUUUCAAUACCUCGGCGACUCAAGCCGAUGUAGCAAUUGCCAUGGUACAAUCCUCCGAAUUUACGCCUCAUACCGCUGCUCUGACCGAUGCCCUGGGUCAGACUGCUUCGCUCCUCCCCCAGAUCGAUGAGAUUAUCCGCACCUGGGCAUAUCCUGUCAAUCCCAGUCCUGAAGAUGUCAGUUUUCAGAAUACCCUGAGGAGAAAUCGCCAAGCCACAUGGCGAUUUGUUCAAGCUUCUGGAUGCCUUGCGAGAACCCUUGGGGGUCGCUUGCAGACUCUAGGCUCAUCUCCCGAUCCGCGUCUCAAUCUCUUUGACCACAUCAAGCCCGCAAUCCAUGAAGGAAAGAACAUCGAUGAGCAAGCACGUUUUUGUUAUGAUUUCGUCAAAGCAAUUCUGUUGUGGCUGGAGGGAGGUCAGGAGGCGGUGUUGCAGGGCUUCAAACGACCUUCGACCGUGAGUGGUCAAAGUUCUCGUUUCCCUCUGGACGAUGCAGAUACAGUGCACACAUUUGGCUCCAAGCUCGAUGCUUAUCUUCUCGGCCUGGCAAGAGACGAUGUUGCCGUGAUUGACAUUGAUACCAACCGUUUCGAGAGAGAUGAUACUAGAGUCGUAUUUGCUUCUCAAAAAUCGGCUGUUCUUGCCUUUACGAGAGCCUUGGCUGGCGUCAGGCUUGAGUCGAGACAGGGCAUGUCUGAAUGGGAGGAAGGAUCGAGCUCGGCCGACACUAAGCGUGUCAUGGACAAGGGUGCAGCUGUUCGAUUCUGGGGCGUCAAAGUAGGAAGGUCCCUGAUCAUGCGGGCUGCAGAGCAAGUCACAUUUAACUUUGUUAACCGUGCCUUUGGGGGGUUGACGUCAACUGAAUCGCUUCAAGGGGAUGAGGAUGACUCCUCCGAGCAAGACAUUGACCCUGAGGAGCAUGAACGAAUUGUUGAUACCAUAGAUCUUGUCACCACCGCUCAUGGACCGCACGUGAUGGGAGACGACGACAAUAUAUUCAACAGCGCAGUGGCGGAAGACCCGGACGAAGAAGAACAGAGUGAGGAUGAGGGUGAUUCAUCGGAUUCGGAGGAUUCUGACGAUGAAGAUGAAGACGAUCCUGAACCAUUCUUCUUACGUCGAAGAUAUUCUCGGUUUCGUGACCGACAUUCGGUCAACCUUGAUGUGCCGUACUCAUCUCAUACAAAGGUUUACCAAGGACAUUGCAACACUCGAACGGUCAAGGAUGUCAACUACUUUGGCCUAAAUGACGAGUACGUGGUGAGUGGGUCCGAUGACGGCAACUUUUUCAUCUGGGACCGUAAAACGUGCAAGAUUGUCAACAUCCUGGAAGGUGAUGGGGAGGUUGUCAACGUGGUGCAAGGACACCCGUAUGAACCCAUGAUCGCUUGCAGUGGUAUUGACAGCACUGUCAAGAUCUUUGGCCCUGGAGGCGACAGUCGGGAUCGAGAAGCGGCGGAAAGGGGAAUUGACAUUGCAACCCCUGCUGCGAGCAUCACUAGUUCUAGUUAUACAAGACGUCGACUAGACGACGACGAAGACGGUGUAUUGACGGAUGGGACAGCUCAUGCUGGUCGAGGUCUGCGAAGUCGCCGGGCUAUGCAUCGAAUGGAGGAGAUUACGAGACAGAAUGAUGUCGAUCGAAGACGAAGUACAGGAGACGCUUUCAUCACGGUAGGUCCAAUGGAAGAGCUGCUGGCUCGGGCUUGGAUCAUGUCGAGUCUACGUAUGAUGACUUGAAAGGAGGGCUUGAGAAGCGAGGGUUGAGGCUAACACUGUGCUGACAUGGCUGGUGUCAUGCAGGACAGCAUGCUCGCUCGAUUCGCCGUGGCGUUACAAAGGGGCCAAAUUGAAGCGACUGAAGGUCAUGGGAUAGAGAUUCCAGGAGGGACCAUUACCAUUGACGACAAUUGCGUGGUAUGUUGAGCACGAUCUCUUACCCAGCUUGGGAGAUGAUCAGAGACGCUGACUCACGGGGCAAUCCCGGUGAUGUAGGUCAUGUGAUAAUAUGGAAUGGCUGCCCGUGCAAAGAGACGAGACGGUAUUAAUGAGAUGACUUGACGUUUGCCACAUGAAUGACUCUGGAUAUGAGUUGGAUAAUCUAUUUAUCGAGUGUGGCUGUAUUGUAGGCGAACAAGGAAUGACUACCUAGGUAGCUAAUCAUAAUGUUGACCUCAGUUGACCAAAA